AUGGAACCAAUCACUCUUAACAAAUUAAAGUACAAUCCAUUCCUGAGAACGCCCGCAAAAGAUGAAAUUUGUUGUUCCAAGAUAACCUGCAUUAGUCUGACAAGGGAAGCUUCCAUCAAACUCUCUCCACUUCACGGGAAACAAAUCUCCAUACGCUACCUGAAUAUGACAGAUUGCUUUGUACUUGAAGACGAAGGGUUGCAUACGAUAGCAGCUCACUGCACCCAACUGACCCACCUUUACCUGCGUAGGUGUGUACGUGUCACAGACGAGGGCCUCCGCUACCUGAUGCUUUAUUGCACAACAAUCAAAGAACUAAGUGUCAGUGACUGCCGUGCUGUGAGUGAUUUUGGAAUGAGAGAGGUGGCAAAAUUGGAAGCACAUCUGAAGUAUCUCAGCAUUGCUCACUGUGGCCGGAUCACAGACGUGGGUAUCCGUUACAUUGCCAAGUAUUGCAGUAAACUGCGUUAUCUGAACGCUCGGGGUUGUGAAGGAAUAACUGACCAUGGAAUUGAGUACCUUGCCAAAAAUUGCACAAAACUGAAGUCCCUGGAUAUUGGGAAGUGUCCAUUAGUUUCCGAUGCAGGCAUGGAGUUUUUAGCGUUAAACUGUUACAACCUGAAGCGGCUGAGUCUUAAGUCCUGCGAAAGCAUCACUGGCCGCGGUUUAAAGAUUGUCGCCGCUAACUGCUUCGAGCUUCAGAUGUUGAACGUACAGGACUGUGACAUCUCUGUUGAGGCACUGCGAUUUGUCAAACGCCAUUGCAAAAAAUGCAUUAUAGAACACACCAAUCCGUCCUUCUUCUGACAAAACGUUCAACAACGAAUUAGAACAGACCAUCGAUUGUAAAAACAGAUUUUAUCUCCUUUUCCUUCUCCUCAAUUCAAAUAUUUAGUUCACUUCCACAAUGUAAAAUUAUUACCCUGCUAUGACAGAAAGUCAUGGUAAUGAAUUUUUUUUUUCUUUUCUCUCCUGUAUUUUUGAAUGCCAGAUCAACAAAAUAGGUAUCCAAAGGCAUAAACUAAAUACAUUCAAACUUUUUAAGUUGCUGGAAUAAUUUAUCAGUUGUGAUAUUAUUACUUAAAUCAGCCGCUGGGAAUGAAAAUGGAAAAAUUCAGCACAACACUUGCCUCCUUCUUUUCAAUUUUCUUAAAAUGGAGCACUAUGUUUUACUUGACAGCCCAUCAUAAUAUUAGAUCCUGAUGGGGAGGGAUACCGUCACUUUGAUUGUUAUAACAUGAAGAUUCUAAAUAACAUUGCAUUUCCAUGUUUUUAUUUCAUUUAAUUAAUAAAAAAGUGUAAUAAUCCUAACUAAAAAGUAAUGCACUUAUUGUUCUGGUAUCUUCACAAUCAGCUAAACUUAACCACAUGUUGUGCUGUUGGGUGAGGGACAAAAGGCCAAUGCAAUGGAUGCUGCCCUUUCACCUCACUCAGACCUGGGUUUAAAUGCAGUCUUGUCUGAUAGGUGUAAAUCUCUCUGGAAUUUAUUGAAAUGAAUUCCAACCCAUCAGCAAGUUGGCCUUGACCCAGCAUGAAAAUAGCUUAUUCAGCAAUAGAUUUGGCAUUUUUGCUCAGAGACUAUAUGGAAAGCUGGCAUGGGAAAGGUCCAGUUAAGGAUGCUUUUCUGAGGUUGGACUGAUGUACAUUAAUGUACAAUAAAAUUAGCUUUACUCUGCAGCUCCUUGAACUUUAUCAAAACUGAAGGUAUUUGAUGCUGACAUUAGAAUGACAGUCUUCAACCUUUUGUGCUUCUCGUAGGGCUUCAUUCUUUGGCAGUGAAAAGUUGGCAAUUACCCCAAGAUACCUGAUUGAAAGUCAGUACUAUCAUUCAUUUCCCUGAUAGGAUUAAGAAUGCACUUAAAUAAUGUUGUACAUAACUCCAAGCUAUCGUAAUAGUGCAUCCAGUCUAGAAUAAUUAGGGAAGUUAACAAAGGAAAUUUUGUAUCAGUCAAAUAAUGUCUGAAAAUGUUUGCUGCCUGCUUGUAGCAAAUAACCUGGAGGAUGUGCAGAGGGAAGAAAUCUCUUUUUCUGUAACUUCAAAAAGCUUUUGAACAUUGAAGCCAGGAAGCUUCUUUAUCAUGGGAAAUGAGAACAAGUCAUGUCAGACUUGCACUUAUUAUGUAAAAAAAAAUUUGCAAACAAACUUUGCCAAAAGUUUUGUGAUCAGGACAAUCUUUAAUUGGCCAGUUAUGUUGGCAAGCAAAAUGUGGAAGCUUUGUCCUUCUUGAUUCUGGUCAAAUCAGGUGGGAUUACAAAUCAAGAAUGAUGAAAAUUUCAAGUGGUGUGGCCCAUUGGCUCCUGACUACUUUAAUUAGGACACGCAACGUCUCACUCCUGCUAUGACUGAUUCUGAAAUCUCAUUUUCCACAUAUGUCAGUGGGGUGAUUUUGGAGACAGAUGUUUAUGUCAUCAGGAAAUCACCCAUCAUUUUGUUCCAGUGAUCACCAACCCUAAAAAUAUUAUGUGGAAGUAAGUCCCUGGCCCCAGCAUUCCCACAGUGAAGGUGAAGGACACUGACAUGGCCUAUCUCCCUCCAGGCAGUCCCAGAGACUGAACCACUGAAAUCCUUCAUGCCAUUCAAGACUUUAAGGUGAGAAUGCUCAUCCUUGUCCUGGUCAUCAUUGUGAAGACCUCCUUUCACUUAUUCUUUUGUUGCAGCACAACCGAUACCGUUCUCUUUUGCAGUGGCAGGCUUCCUUCCAGUGACAUGAAUUUCACCAGGAGAACAUUGUUCAUAUGUAAUGACUCAGCAGAAAUGGUUAUGGUUCGGGAGAGCACGGAGCAAUACUAAUUGGGGUGAAAUUCCCUCCAGAGAUAACAUUUUUGUUGGUAAUCUUUCAUCAGAAC